AUGGCGGCCCGGUACGUGGAGAUGCUGGACAUGGGCGUGCGCAUCGCAGCCAGGUUCCACUCCCACUGCCCGCAGACGGCGCGCAUGUACUACAAGCCACCGCAGUCCGCCUCCUCCUCCUCAUCGGCCGCGGGCGCCUCCACGGAUCGGAAGGCCGCCGGCUUCGACCACGAGGCGGCGGCCGCCGCUGCCUUCCGGCCCUUCGCCGCCACGCCAACAGCAGGGUUUGGCGCCGGGGUGCAGCCCGGCCGGUUCGGCUUCGACACCGCGCAGGUCGUCAUCUACGAGGUCGUAUGA